UCGUGUGGCAACACUUGAGAUGUUUUCAUUUAAUUCAAAUAUUGGGUCUUCUGUCCCUAAUGGGCGUCUCUGCCGCAUAUUAUAUGUUAUGCGCCAUAUUUAAUCAAGAAAAUUGAAUUAUCAACUGUUACAUCUCUAAUUCGGUGGGUUUUUUAAAGGAAGUUUCUAGGAAUGUCACAUGAACUUGUAAAUAUGAAUCUUCAUUAAGUAUUAAUAUAAUUAUGAAUCUAUGAAUGAAAGUAUGUAAUUAACUCUGAACAUAAUUAACUAAACACGAAGGGACUGCCAGAAAAUCAUAAACGAAGCAAUAAUAUUAAUAGGAAUAUAUGAAAAUAUCAAUUAAGGAGGAAUUAAUUAUGAUAUAUAUAUGUAACAAAUAAGUACCGAAAAAAAUGGAAGCGAAGUUACCAUAAUAGCAAGAAAAAUCGAAAUGUCAGAGGUACAGCUUACUAACAAGAUGACCAACGUUAAUUGGAACGUGACUUCGGUUACCUAGCAACAAACUAAAAACAAGGUUACGAUAACAAAACGAAGGGAGGAAGGAGAAUUCAUUCAGUCGAUGGUCAAUUUAAAUCCUUCGUUGGUGCAGGAUGCCUCGAAAACUCGUCACCCUCGAGGUUGCAGACUUCGACGAUUUAGAACGUCUCAAGUUAGAAAUAUACGACGAAAAAAGGAAAAAGAAAGUAUUAGAAGAAUCUAUAGCAGAACUGCAACAAGCUGUCUCAGUUUUAGAGGAACAAACUGAAAAUAUGGAUAUUAGCGAAGAUGAUGAAUGGAAGAUUCGCUAUUAUACUCAAGUAGAAGUUAAUCAACAGUUAGAAGGUCAAAGAGAUUGGCUUCAGGAUAGGGUUUACAGUGCAAGAAAUCAGACUCAAGAUGAUGGAAAUAAAACAAUUAAAUAUUUAUCAACCCAAGUUUUCUUGUACGCAGUUGCAUCAACCAGGAUCACAAGGAGUAACAAAUUGAUAGGCAUACAGGCCAUGUUAGCAGAAUUGGAUCUUGACAGUUUGACAGAACAUCAGCUUCAACGUUACUUAAAACAAUUAGAAAAAGAAAGGAAUGGCCUCUACAACGAGCUUAGAGAUACGGAAUGGAAGUUGGAUCAAGAAUCAAAAUCUUUUCAUAAAUUUAACGAUACGCGCAAGGCAUACAUGACAGAGAUAACUGAUGCUGUUUUAAAUUUAGAAGCAAUGAAAUCUAGAAUGAAAUAUAUGGAAUUAAGCGACGAGGGGUCUGUUGUAAAGUGUCCUCGACAUCUUAAAUAUCUAAACAUUUCACCCGAUCAAAGAGUUAUAGAUCCUAAAAAAGGACCCAUACGUAAAACAGCGGGUGUGAGAAGUUUACCAAAAAUAGAAACUGAAGAGAAGGAAGACAAGGAUGAAGUAUCCGAAGAGGUCGUGGCCUAGAUGCAAUCUCUAAGCAAGUUGGCCAUGUUUUAUUUUAUUUUUUUCUAACAACAAUACAAAACGAUCCUCUAACACGCUCUUUAAAUUUAUUAACUCGUUAAUACUGCCAAAGUUUAUAUAUUUUACUAUGUUCUGUGCCAUCUCUAAUUUAAGAAACCGUUUAAUUAAUCGUGCAAAUCGCGAUUGUUAAUGCUUGAAACCGUUGUUGUUGUUGUUGAUGUUGGCGUGUACUUGGAUGAAUAGCAAUAAUAUUUGUAAAUAAAUGGAUAAAAAUUACAUCGUACGAUUAAAACAAAUAACGUAUUCGAAAUUCUUUUUU